UGCAUCUACCUGCUUCAUAACUUCGUGGAUUCCUAGAACAACUUUCAACAUGCAACUUUCUACACUUCUCCUUGGCGUAUGCGCCGUCUUCUCUACCGGAGCUCUCUCCGCAGAGUACUUCAACGUAACCAACACCUACGUCACCUAUGCCGCAAGGCCGCCACAAAGCGAGUUUAUUGGAAUCAACGUCUAUGAUCCUAGCUCCAGCGCCAGCAGUGAUCUCGCUCGGUGUGAGGACGGCUGGUACACGAGCACGACUGAAUGGCCACACGAAUUCGUCGCUUGCGAUGUACCAUCAUGGAGCUGGUAUCUCUCGUCGUACACCAGCAAACACGACUUCGACGUCGAGCUCUCGCAUUCAUUUGAUGAUUCGGAACCGACUGAAGACGGCUUGACAUGGCACCGGGAGAGAUUUGGUCGCUUUUCUUUGACUGAUGACGACUUCAAUUGCUCCCCUGUCCAUUCCGGCAUGGUUGAACAAUGCCGGACAGGCCCUCGUGAUGUGCCCGUUUACAACGAGACAUACACCAAUGGGAAUGGCACUGUGUUCUGGCGUGUUCCAUAAGGGAAGACUGAGAAAAAGAUUGAGGCAUCGAUCGCACUCUCAGAUAUUUUGUUUGCAGGAUGGGAGAUAACGCUUUUUGCAUUGGACGUAGAACACAUUCUUUAGUUUGCUAUUGCUGGAGAUUCGAAGAGUAACUGAACAGCCAAAUUCAAUUUACGGUCAUGAGAGGGAAGAGAAAUACAGAGAAUCUUCCUUGCAUAUUAGCGACAUGCUGUCUGUCAGCCAACGCUGACGCUUCUGCUCCAUUACGUUGCCGUCUGUUGUUGUAUGGAAGCUUUAUUGUGUAGUGUUUCUAUUCUACAGGAUCUUCACAAAGAAAUCAAUCGUCCAAAAG